AUGCAGCCACAGGACCGUGCGCGUGAGUCCCUCACGCUCCAGCAGGCUCGUGAGUGGUACGCCAGUUGGGGCUAUCGAGGUGGCCGUAGUGGUAGUCGCUCUGACGUGCGUCGUUCGGGAGCCCCUGGUAGUGGACAGGUGCAGCAGCCGUGCCCUCCUACGGUCCAGCAGGCUCGUGAGUGGUACGCCAGUUGGGGCUAUCGGGGUGGCAGUCGUGGUAGUCGCUCUGACGUGCGUCGUUCGGGAGCCCCUGGUAGUGGACAGGUGCAGCAGCCGUGCCCUCUUCUGGUCCAGCAGGCUCGUGAGUGGUACGCCGGUUUGAGCAGUCGGGGUGGCCGUAGUGGUAGUCGCUCUGGCGUCCGUCGUUCGGGAGGCUCCGGUAGUGGACAGGUGCAGCAGCCGUGCCCUCUUCUGCUCCAGCAGGCUCGUGAGUGGUACGCCGGUUUGAGCAGUCGGGGUGGCCGUAGUGGUAGUCGCUCUGUGAGUGAGGCAGCCGCUCUCGGUGCCAGUACGUCUGUUGCCCUCGGAGCAGGUGAGGCUACCACUCCCGGUACUCGCGUGUCUGCUACUCCAGGUGCUGGUGAGCCUACUGCUCUAGGUGCUAGUGCGUCUGCCGCUCCAGGUGCUCGCGUGUCUGCUACCCCAGGUGAUGGUGAGGCUGCUGCCCUAGGUGCUAGUGCGUCUGUGCCCCCUGGUACUGAGUCGACUGCAGCACUGCACACCUUCACACUGGACUCAGGUGCUUCUCGCUCUUUCUUUCGUGACCGCACUGUCCUUGAGCCACUCGCUCGGCCAGUUGCUGUCUCCCUUGCUGACCCCUCUGGGGGUCCGGUCUUUGCGACCUCCUCCACUGUCCUUCCUUGUCCUGCGGUCCCGUCCGGCACGCUGUCAGGUCUCUACCUCCCCUCGUUCUCUACGAACUUGGUGGCAGGCCGAGAGCUCCAGGACGGCGGUGUUCACCAGUUCACCCCUGCCUACGAGCGCGUGACGCACUGCACGUGUGCUCGGACGGGUCGCCACCUGGCUACCUUCACUCGAGAGCCGGGGUCGGACCUGUACACACUGACCACUGAGUCCCCUCAGGUAGCUGCGUCUACGUCUGCGUCAGGUCAGCUGUCCGCCCCCUGCUCGUGUCGCUCUCUGGCGCAUGAGACUGUCCUUUGGCACCACCGCCUUGGUCACCCGUCUGUGCAGCGCCUUCGGGCCAUGCACAAACGGGACCUUGUUGCUGGUCUUCCCAGGGUACUCCCUCCCCUUCCAGACUCGCCUGCUCCUACCUGUAUUCCCUGUGUCGAGGGGCGGCAGCGCGCCGCUCCUCACUCCUCCUCCUUUCCCCCGACGACUGCUCCCUUGCAGACGCUCCACAUGGACGUGUGGGGCCCAGCCCGCGUCCGUGGUCAGGGUCAGGAGAGGUACUUCCUGAUUGUUGUUGACGACUUCUCGCGCUACACCACGGUCUUCCCCUUGCGCGCCAAGGGUGACGUCCCUGAUGUCUUGAUCCCUUGGAUCCGCAGAUCUCGUCUCCAGCUCAGUGAGCGUUUCCGCUCCGACUUCCCUGUCCUGCGUCUGCACUCUGACAGAGGUGGGGAGUUUUCCUCUGGCCUCUUGGAGGCCUUCUGUCAGCAGGAGGGCAUUGAGCAGUCGUACACGCUUCCGGCCUCUCCACAGCAGAAUGGGGUUGCUGAGCGCCGCAUUGGUCUGGUCAUGGAGGUCGCUCGUACCUCCUUGAGCCAUGCGGCUGCCCCCCAUUUUCUGUGGCCGUUUGCAGUCCGAUACGCUGCGCAUCAGCUCAACCUCUGGCCCCGUGUCUCCUUGCCCGAGACUUCUCCGACACUGCGUUGGACGGGAGAGGCUGGCGAUGCGUCGCGUUUUCGGGUCUGGGGAUCCCGAGCUUUUGUCCGCGACACGUCCGCGGACAAGCUCUCCCGUCGCGCUGUCCCCUGCGUCUUCCUUGGCUUUGUCCCGGACGCCCCUGGCUGGCAGUUCUACCACCCCACCUCGCGUCGUGUCCUGGCCUCUCAGGACGUCACUUUUGACGAGUCCGUCCCCUACUACCACCUCUUCCCCUACCGCACUGCCCCGCUCCCCCCCCCGCCUCUCUUCCUCGCUCCAGGUGCUGAGGUACCAGACCCCCUCCCCCCUCAGGGUGCCGCUCCCUCAGGUGUGUCCCAGGUAGACCCGGGUGAGCCUGUCGAGCCUGGGGGUGCUGCGUCUGGGGGUGCUGAGCCUGGGAGUGCUGAGUCUGGGGGUGCGGAGCCUGGAGGUGCUGAGUCUGGGGGUGCUGAGUCUGGGGGUGCUGAGUCUGGGGGUGCUGAGCCUGAGCGUGCUACACCUGGAGGAGCCCUCUCCUCCCAGCAGCUGCAGGAGAGGUACCUCGAGUACUGCCGCCUCCGGAGAGGUGCUGCUGGAGCUCGUCCCGGUACUUCCCCUCCUACCCAGGAGCUCCCCCCCAUUCAGCAGAUCCGCGAGUGGUACACACGGCGCUGCAGUCUUCGGAGUGGUGCUCCUGGUGCUGCCGACUCUGGGGGUGGCGCUGCUGCUGGUGCUGAGGACCCGAGCGGUGGAGCUGCUACUGGUGCUGAGGACCCGGGCGGUGGAGCUGCUGCUGGUGCUGAGGACUCGGACGUUGGAGCUGCUGCUGGAGCUGGGGACCCGAGCGGUGGCGCUGCUGCUGGUGCUGCGGACCCGGACGUUGGAGCUGCUGCUGGUGCUGAGGACCCGGGCGGUGGAGCUGCUGCUGGUGCUGAGGACUCGGACGUUGGAGCUGCUGCUGGAGCUGAGGACCCGAGCGGUGGCGCUGCUGCUGCUGCUGAGGACCCGGGCGUUGGAGCUGCUGCUGGUGCUGAGGACCCGGCUGGUGGAGCUGCUGCUGGUGCUGUGGACCCGGACGCUGGAGCUCCUGCUGGUACUGCGGACCCGGCCGCUGGAGUCUCUACUGCUUCUGGAGACGCUGCGCGGUACUUCGUACCGCUCCUUCAGCAGGUUCUUGGGCAGGCUCCUCCUCCUUGUCCUCCUCCCUCCGUAGAGUGUCCUCCGCCUGUCCAGCCGCAGUCACAGUUACCGCCUACCUCGCCUCUCCCUGCUCCCUCUCCUUACACUGGUCCCACAGGAGGUCUUACAGAGCGUCGUGAGCCUGAGUCUCGUCCUGCGUCGCCUGUUCGUACUGCUCGCACUGGUAGUCGUGUCCGUUGUGAGCGUCCUCCUCCUGUCCCAGGCACUCACUACAUGACUCUGCGUCCCUCUACUGCUCCUCAGCGUGUCCCUCUACCGUCUCCUCCUUCGUCCUCUUUGCCUGACGUUCCGGACCCUGAGUCUGACCGGUAUCGUGCUGAGCACCCUACUGUCACGCGUCUCCUAGCUACUGUUGUCACUGACCCUACCUUUGAGUCCUCCGCUGCGUCUGCUCUGGUCGCUGAGUUGGUUGACUUUGCUGCUGCCUGUCGUCUAGACUACGCUGCUAGCCUUGUUGCUGAGUCUGAGUCUGAGUCUGUCUGUCCUCCGUCCGUCGGGGGUGAGUGUGCUCUUGGCACGGACGUCCUUGAGGACAGACAGGAGGAGUUCCAGUGUCUUGCUGCUGCUUUGCCCCGUCUCGUGUCCCUGCUAGUUGCCCCUGAGGGAGACCCGGAUGCACCAGACAUCCCGACCCCGCGCACUUACGCUGAGGCGAUGGCGGGUCCCUACUCCUCUCAGUGGCAGACAGCCAUGGACGCCGAGAUGGCUUCCUGGAAGUCCACACGCACCUACGUCGACGAGGUUCCCCCUCCUGGGGCGAACAUCGUCAGUGGCAUGUGGAUUUUCAGGGUGAAGCGGCCACCGGGUUCUCCGCCUGUCUUCAAGGCGCGUUACGUGGCUCGAGGCUUCAGUCAGCGAGAGGGAGUAGACUUCUUCCAGACCUUCUCCCCCACCCCGAAGAUGACCACUCUUCGGGUGCUGCUGCACAUAGCCGCUCACCGCGACUACGAGCUUCACUCACUUGACUUCAGCACUGCUUUCUUGCAGGGCAGCCUGCACGAGGAGAUCUGGCUGCGCCGCCCACCUGGCUUCACUGGGUCGUUUCCUUCUGGUACCCAGUGGAGGCUUCAGCGGCCGGUCUACGGUCUCCGCCAGGCUCCGCGUGAGUGGCACGACACACUGAGGACUACACUUGCGGCUCUUGGGUUCGCGCCUUCUACAGCUGACCCGUCGCUGUUCCUGCGCACCGACACUUCGCUGCCGCCGUUCUACAUCCUCGUACCUGGGUGA